GUAACCACGUUCUGGAUUUAUAAACAUUUGUUUACAAACCCGCGACCCACUAUUGGGUCCGAGGGUUUACAAAAAAAUUAUAUAAAAAAAUAAUUACUAGUAUUUGGUACAAUGUGGGCCAGAUGAUGAAAUUUAAAUAAAUUAAAUUAAUUGCUUGUGUUUUAUUAAAAUAUCUAAGAUGAUUAAUUGGAGAUUGGUAUUUAUCGUAGCUUGUGUUGAAGCGCUAGUGUUGUUUGCUGAUUCUGUGAACGCUGACGGGUCGAGUGAAAUUUAUAACAGUACCAGAAGCAGUAACAUUAAUAAUAACAACAACAAGGUGUCUAAGAGAGCUAAGCCUCUUGAUCCAGAAGACGAUUAUUAUUAUUACGAUGACGUGGACGAGAGAAAUAAUCCAACAAACGACUCGCCAGUUGUACCACCGGGUUUUUUAAGCCCUUCUGUCAGAGAAUAUCUUGAUCUCGGUAAAUCUAUACCAGGUAGACCAGGAACCGACUUUCCAGUUCUGGGAAAAGUGCCUUACACAAAUUUUUACUGCGACGAUCAAGAGUAUCCUGGAUUUUUCGCGGACGUCGAGACGCGAUGUCAGGCUUGGCAUUAUUGUGAUAUCGACGGGCGACAAGCGACAUUUUUGUGUCCCAACGGAACCCAAUUUAGCCAGGCUGUGCUGGUGUGUGACUGGUGGUUCAAUGUCAGAUGUGAACUUAGCCCUAAGUUGUAUGCAAUAAACGCGAGAUUGUACCAGAAACCUACAGAGAGUCCAACGCGACCUCACAGACUCAUUACCAAGGAAUUAUUGGAGAAUAUUUUCGCUCGCCGGAAAUGAAAAUCCUAGCCUAUUCUCCAGUUUCUCUGUCUCUUGCUCUCCGUCAUUUUACAUCACCAUAAAUUAUUUUAUGAAAAAUGAAAUGAAAUAAAAAAAAGCAAAAGUUUAAAAUUUAUCGAACGAAUCAGAACGGAGCGAAAAGAUUUUUACGCUUUAUACUUAACACUUUUGUUAGCAUUUUAUUUUUAUUUCAAGUUUUUCUUAUUGUAUCUUUGGAACCUUUUACUUGGAUUUUCUUUGAGUUAAAAAAUGUUACUAUUUUUCUCAACCCAUCGUAUUUUCCCAGCAGAAAGGAGAAGAAAGAAAAUAAUAGCAACACUACACACCCUGACUACAACUAGUACAUUGAAAAUUUCCGAUACCUGUAUAAAUAUAUAUAUAACUAAGGCAACCAAUCGGUGCACGUGUUUUUUUUACUGAGAACCUAAGCACUGGAAUUUUAGUGAAGCCGUAAGGCCACAGCCAUUGAGACUUGAGAAUAAAUGCUGUCGAAUAAAAAAAAAAAAUUCAUAAAUAGAAAUCUUUAAAAAAUAAAAUAUUAUUUUGUAAGAACUUUAGAGCUCUGUUGUAACAUGACAAUAAUUAUUAAAAACAAUUAAACUGUAAAAAAUCGAUGAUACUGAAGUUACCCGAGGUUUGAUAAUUUUUGGAGUUUUUAAAAAUGAUAAAUUAUAAAAAAAAUUAUUUUGAAAAAAUGCACUUAUAGGUUUGUAAAUUCUCUACAUGUGCAUUUUUUUAGUUUUUUUUUUUUCGAAAUUCAUUAGGUGAAAAAAAAAAUCAAAAAAUUAUUAAUUGUCUGUUAACUUCAGGAUAAAAAUCGAGAGUAAAUUCGGAGUUAAAAAUUAACUCUGGGUAUGGAGUUAAAAUAAAAAUUGUCAGCGAAGUCAAUGAAGAUUUUAUUUUAAUUCUUUAUGUUUAUUACGGAAUUUAAAUUAUAUAAAAAUUUAUGUUAAAUAAAUAAAUAAAAAAUAAUCUGCUCUGCAUUAACUCGAAAAUUUUGUUAGAAUGUAAUUUUAAUGAAAAUAAAAAUUGUAAUUGUAAUGAGUGAAGUGAAACAAAGAAGAUUGUCAGCAGACAAAACAGAUUCAAUUGUCCGAAUACUUAUAAAUUUAAUUUAAACCCGUCUAACUUUUAUAAAGUUUGUGACGUGGCCUCUAGGCGAACUGAAUGUGCAAGUAACGGAUGCUACUGCUCAUGAUACUUUAAACAGUUACGGCUGUUACUUCAGAGCCAUAAUAUAACUAAACGAAUGUAUAAUAAUAUAAUACGAGUAGAAAUAGGAAUAGAGAUAGAAGUAGAAAUAGGUAGCGAGUGAUAUGGCGACGUUUGCCUCCGCCAUACCACCCGCGAGUUUCUUUUUAAAUUGAGAACAACUGGCUUCGUUUCAUUUGCUCCAACUUUUUCUGCACUCAUCACAACUCGAGUCAGAUUUAAAUGUUUUUAUAACUUAUGAUUACUUGUUUUAACUUUUUGUUCAAGCAAUAGUUUGUAAGGGAGCUUUUGUGUGAAAUCUUAUGUCUUUUAUCUUAAAUUUAAGUUUAAUAACUUUCAAAAUACUUAACUCAUUACCACUGGCAUAAUUAAUUUAUUUUUCCUAAGAAAAAAAAAAAAAUUUUUUUGGCGCGAAAAAUUUUUACUCUUCAAAAAAAUUUUAAAUGAAAAAAUUUUUCCAAGGGAUGAAUUUAAAAAAAUUUUGUUGGAACAUUUGGA